AUGGUAGUAUCUUCAAGUUCAAUGCCAGCAAGUGCAAUUCCAUGGACUGGAGCCUUUCAUUUCCCACCACCAACACAACCUCUACCCAAUAUACAGUUACAAACAGCUACUCCUGUCCAGGCACCAACACAAGUACUUCCACAGCAACUUCCUACAGUGCCUGCUGGGCCACCUCUUCCAUCCCAGCCACCCACACUUCCCCAAACAGCUACUCCUGUCCAGGCACCAACACAAGUACUUCCACAGCAACUUCCUACAGUGCCUGCUGGGCCACCUCUUCCAUCCCAGCCACCCACACUUCCAGCCCCUUUGUCUCCAUCACCCACACAACCUUCACCAGCACCAACACAAGUUCCCCCACAGCAGCCUCCUACAGAUGUACAAGCUCCUGCAGAUGGUGGGUUACAACCUACAACCACAUCAUCUCCUGCAGCUGGUGUGCCCUCUUCUCCAACACAACCACCUUCUGAACCUGUCACUAGGAUUUCUCCUGUUGACGCACAGGUUCGUAUUAACAAAUGUGGAACAGUGUAA